AUGGCCCGUCAGUGCGCGGAAGGAGUGCCACCUGCCCCGUCGGUUGCAUCUGCCCCAGAGAUUCAGCGACAGUUUGGUAGAGUUCCGUCUGCUACCGCCGUAUCUGCGGGGUGUGUGAUUUGUGGAGGAUCCCACCAGGCGUGGCGGUGUGCGCUGCGAAAGGGAAGGUGUUUUCGUUGUGGGCAGUCUGGCCACGUGAGACAUGAUUGCCCCUUGAGUGAUGGACAACUCCCGCCGACAGCGUCGACAUUCACCUCUUCGGGACAGAUGGUGGAUGUGCAGCCUGUGGCACAGUCUGGAGGGCUGAGGGUGGUUGAGCGGCCGGAGGACUUUCAGGGAGCGCCAAGCGGCCCUGGAUACGCGGCUCAAGUCGAGGAACCUGCUGCUGUUGGUGAUGUUACCGCAG